AUGGAGAGCCCGCGCGAAUCGCCGACUUCCACGUGGAGAACUUAUCGCGAUUCGGUAGUUAAUUUUAAAUUCAACUAUGACCAAAUAUUUUACCGAAUAGGCUUGAGCAUAGGAAAUAAACCUUGGGUUUGGUUAAUAACUUCCUUGUGUAUAAGUGGAGUUUGCGGUCCCGGAUUGUCGUUCUGGCGUGAAGAAAUCGAUGAAGUUAAAUCCUUCAUUCCUGUGGACUCCAUAGUACGGAAAGAUGCUGCCUGGGUCAAGGAACACUUCAACGAGGACCUUAGAUACGAAAGUAUUAUUAUUACUGCUCCAAAUGUUUUAGACCCUCAAGUUCUUCAAGCGAUCGAUGAAAUUGAAAUGAGUGUAAAGAGCAUUGUUGUCCAAAAUCAAACGUGGCAUGAUGUAUGUGCAGAAUAUCUUACCUGGUUUGAAAAUGGAGAUACAAAAUCAGAAAAUGAAACAGAUGAACUUUUAAUUGAAGCAUUCCAACCUUUGAAAGCUGUUCUGUCAGGCGAUAGUUGUAUUUACCAAUCGAUAUUAAAAGUUUGGAAAAAAAAUGAAAGUGAAGUCUUGGGUCAGUUGACAAAAGAUAAAAUUCUUGAAGAUGUGACUGCUGCUUUACGUGAAACAGAUAAAGGUAAUAUCCUAACGGAUAUAUCACCAUUGCUAUCAAAAGUAGAGUACGACGAGAACGGGCGAGUAAUUGGAGCAAAAGCAACAAUUUUAAAUUGGAUUUUAAAAAAGUCAAACAUACAUUCUCCAGAAUGGGAGCUGGAGUUCAUUUCAAGAACUUUAUAUUCAAAUCGCACGUUGCCGGCAGGCAUGAAAAUUUAUGCUGUUGCAAAAAGAAGUUUUAUCGAUUGUUUAAACGAUGUUAUGAGAAAUAACAUAAGUAUACUGUGCUGCGGUUUGUUUAUUAUUGUUGGGUACGUUGUAAUAAUGAUAGGAAAAUGUAAUCCCGUAGAGCAGCGAAUUUAUCUGUCAUUGCUGGGAGUAUCGGUAGUGGGUCAAGCCAUUUUAUCGGGUUUCGGUGUUUGUUUUUACUUAGGAUAUAUGUACGGACCAAUACACUCAGUUCUGCCAUUUGUGUUGCUGGGUAUAGGUGUCGAUGACAUGUUUGUCAUUAUUCAAAGUCUCGACAGCUUAACUGAGAGCGAAAAAAAUUUAACAAUACCCGAACGUAUUGCUCGAGCACUCCAGCAAUCCGGUAUGUCGAUAACCACAACGUCAUUGACAAAUAUAAUAGCAUUUGCCAUUGGAAUGACCACAGUUAUGCCGUUUUUAUCAUCAUUUUGUAUGUUUGCCACAAUGGGAAUUUUAUUCCUUUUUAUAUUUGAGAUAAUGUUUUUUGUCAGUUGCCUUGUGUUGGAUGAAAGACGUUUAGCUAUGACCAGAGACGGAUGUUUCUGUCAAUCUAAAACCGAUUGGAAGCCCAAUGAAUGCAGCCAGAAGAAUUUGCAGAAAAUAAUAUUUGAAAAAUUUAUCGGACCCUUCGUUAUGAGACCUAAAAUAAAAAUUUUUAUUAUUUUAAUAACUAUUGUUAUGAUUAUUAUAAAUACCUGGGGUAUUCACAAUCUAGGACAACACUAUGAUCCAUUAUUGUACUUAAAUCAAGAGUCUUAUGCGCUUAAAUUUAAUAAUAAACUUAUUGAGUAUUUUCCUAAGUACGGCAAGAGGGCUAGUAUUUAUUUAGCUGGAGUUGAUUACUACGAGGACCGUGAAGCGCUUGGUAAAUUAAUUAACGUACUUGCUAAAAAUCGAUUUAUCAAUAACAAAACCCUGGAUCCAUGGUUCAUUGCUUACGGCGAAUGGCUAAAUAAUAAAACACAUGAAAUUGACAGAGAUGAAUUUUACGGGUCAUUAUCGGAGUAUUUAUUAACGAGAAAAGGACAGUCUUAUGUUAAAGAUAUGAAAUUUAGCAGAUUGCCAACAGUUGAUUAUAAUAUUACGACUUCGAAAUUCCAAAUUCAACAUAUUCAUAUUAAUACAACGGUUGAACAGUUACAAGCAAUGCGGUCUAUACGUGAGACCAUUAAAUCUGUUGAUUUCACGCGAGGCAUCGAACACGCUGCAAUAUUUUCACAGGAAUAUGUUUCUUGGACUGCAAACAAGAUAAUUGGAGAUGAGUUGAUCAGAAAUUUGUGUUUGGAACUUUUAGCAGUGAGUUUAGUAACUCUAGUACUGUUGCGUGACAUAAAAGUGUCCUUCUGGGUAAUUUGUUGUGUUGCAUUUACUCUAAUUGACCUAUUGGGAUCAUUGUAUUAUUUAGGAUUGACUGUCGAAAUUUCAUCGAGUAUUAUAAUACUAAUGUGCGCUGGAUUAGCUGUUGACUAUGCGGCUCAUGUUGGACUAGAAUUUACCCGUGUUACUGGCACUAGAAAUGAGAGAUCUAUAGCUACUCUUGGGGCAAUAGGUCCUGCAGUGUUUAAUGGCGGUUUAAGUACCUUCUUGGCCUUUGUUUUACUCGGAGCGAGUAGAGCUUAUUUAUUCAGCACAUUUUUCAAACUUUUUACAUCAGUAGUAGUGUUUGGAUUAUUUCAUGGAUUAUUAUUUUUACCAGUCGUAUUGAGCAUUUGUGGAUCAAACGAAAAACAAAGAGAAGCAGAUGUUAAAGUAGAGACAGUAUGGGAGCCAAAUAAAUUUUGUACCAUUCCUCUUUCAUCUACUGCUACUAAUAAUAUUAAUAAUAAUCAUAAUCAUAAUAAAUAA